ACUGCACCUCAACCUCAUCACCAACGCCAGCAGUGCACCAUGCCCGGCCUCACCACGUCGCGGCGUCGUACUCGCGACCCUGACGAGUCCGAGGAUGAAAAUGUGUCCGACAGCGCCGCCAGCUCGUCCUCGAUGCGUUCGGGCGGAAGUAAACGUGCACGGCUUGAUGAUGACGCGCUCUCAGAGGAAUCUGAAAGCCCUGUUCUCCCAGACAGCUAUCGUAACCAGCCCCAAGCCAACGGCAACGGAGACUACACCCUUGAUCCUCACCAGCCCGGCUCCAUCGUGCGAAUCACCCUCACAAAUUUUGUCACUUACACGGCUGCGGAAUUCCUCCCUGGACCUAGUCUGAACAUGAUAAUUGGGCCAAAUGGAACGGGCAAGAGUACUCUCGUUUGUGCGAUCUGCUUGGGGCUGGGAUGGUCCGCAUCGAAUCUUGGAAGGGCAAAGGACAUAGUCGAAUAUAUCAAACACGGUGCUCGCGAAGCUGAGAUUGAGAUUGAAUUAGCAGGUGGCCGUCAAACCAAGGGCAAGAAUCCUGUUAUUCGCACAGUGAUCAAGAGAGAGGGUCAAAAGAAAGGAAACUUCUUUCUCAACGGACGAGCAUGCACGCAAAAGCAAGUCGUCGAACUUGCGAGGUCCUUUUCAAUCCAGAUCGACAACCUCUGCCAAUUUCUUCCGCAAGAUCGCGUCGUCGAAUUUGCCCAAAUGACUCCAGUGGAAAAGCUGAGGGCGACACAGCAAGCUGUUGCUUCGGAUGAGGUUGUCAAGAUGCAUGGGAAGCUUAUAGAGUUCCGACAGACCCAGAAAAGGGGUCAGGUUGACCAAAAAACCAGACAGGAUACUCUAAACGGUCUCUUGGCCCGACAGAACGCGCAGAGAGCGGAUGUGGAGCGCUUGAAAGAGCGACAGUCUCUUCUUACACAGGAAAACGCAUUGAAGUCCAUGAGACCAUUCAUUGAGUACCGCCAGGCAAAAGCUGAAGCCGAAGAGGCGAAGCAGGCCAAGAAAGAGGCCAAGGCGAAUCUCAUCCGGCUUCAACGGGAGGCUGGGCCAUCCAUGAGGGCUACCAACGCGAAGCAGGCCUAUCGAGACCAGAUCAAGGACGUACUCGCCAGCCGAAAGAGUGCAGUUCGGGCGACAGAAUUAUCCGCCGAUGGAUACACACAGAAGCUGCAGGCCAAAGAGGAAAAGAUCAAAGAAAUCGAAGCCAAGAUCGAAGCGGAGAAGAGAAGUGAUGACGGAAAUAAGAAAAAAAUUGUCACUCACGAAAGGAACAUCACUCGCCUCAAAGGACUAUUGGAAGAAGAGCCCGCACCAUUUGAUGCUCUUGAGUUCAAUAAGAAGAUACGAGAUAAGGAACGCCUGCAGAAGGACUUAGAGGACGCGAUCAGAGCAGGAAGAGAGGAGCAAGGAGAAAUCCGCCAGCGAGUCACGGAGCUAGGGCCUAGGAAAAAGCAACUCGAGAAAGAGCUUGAAGAACUCAAAUCGCAAAGUGGACAGCAAACCAACAAACUAAGAACUUUAUCGCCAGACACAGCCAAAGCGUGGACUUGGGUUCAAGAGAACGGCAAUCACUUUGAAGGCGAGAUAUAUGGGCCUCCUAUCGUCACAUGCAGUAUCAAAGACCCCCGAUACGCAGAUGCCAUCGAAUCUAUGAUUUCGAAAGGCGAAUUCUGCUCAUUCACUUGCUCAAGCAAGAAAGAUAUGGCGACUUUACAAAACGAAUUACUUGGCAGGAUGAAUCUACACGAUAUAAACAUUCGGAUGGCAACUCGUGGAAUUGGUCAAUGGGAACAUCCUAUCCCCAACGACGACCUGGCCGGCUAUGGCCUUGAGGCUUGGCUCAUUAACUUGGUUGAGGGCCCUGAGCCUGUACUGUCCAUGCUCUGCGAAAAUGCCAACCUUCAUAGGACUGCUGUCACGCGUCAGCGCGACACUAACGAGCAGUUCGAGAAAAUCCGCAAUAGCCCCAUCCAAACAUGGGUAGCAGGCCAGAAGUCGUUUCGGAUUCUGCAUAGGAAGGAUUAUGGAUCCGACGCCGUGUCGAUUAUGGUUCGGCCAAUCCACAAAGCAACUUACUGGACAGACCAACCCAUUGAUGCAGGGGCCGAGAGGGACAUCAAAGCUAAAAUUGGCGAGAUUGAAAUCCAGGCGGAGACAGAAAGGAAUAGUUUUGAAGAGUUGAGACAGAGGUUGCUGCCUAAGAACGAUGAGAGAAAGAAACUCAUGCAGGAAACGGUAUCACUCCGAAAGGAGAAAGACGAACGACAGAAACUCCUAAGCAAUUUCAGGCUUGUUCCUGAUCAGCUAGCUGACGCCGAGGCUGAGAAGAGCCGCAUCGAAACAGAGAGAGCGGAACUCAGGCAACGCAUCGCAACACUCAGAGCCGAGAUACAAGAUCUGCAACUCGAGAAGGGCCAGCUUGUGCUUGACUACGCUAAUGCAAUCGAGAAUCUGCGCAUCGCUUGCGUUGCCCUGAUGGAUGCUGAGAUUCUCUAUAUCGAAGCAUCUUCUGAAUUCGAGGCGGUUGCCGCGGAAAACAAGCACGUCCUCCAGAUGAUAGAAGAAACCCGCCAGGCUGAAGCAGACAUCACCGCGAAGGCUAAAGAUCUUAUUGAGAAAGCGAAGAAAUUGGCCCGGAAAUGUGAACAAGUCCACCACAAUCGUACUGUAGAGGAGGCGGAGUUUCAUGAAACACACUCCGCGAUCGAAACAAUGGAGGAGCUCAACUCGGAGAUUGAAUCCGUGAUGACUAGGCUGGAACUUAUGACGGAUGGAAAUCCUCGCGCCCUGGCUGAGUACGAAAAGCGUGCUCAGGAAAUCGAGAUAACGGAAGCGAAACUCAGUGAUCUGAAUGCAGAGCUUGAACAGAUACAGAAUGAAAUAACCGAAAUCAGGGCGGAAUGGGAACCGCAGGUUGACGCUCUCGUCGAGCGAAUCAGCGAUGGCUUCUCAAGGAACUUUAAGAAGAUUGGAUGUGCUGGUCAGGUUCAAAUUGACAAGCACGAGGACUUCGAUCAGUGGGCCAUCGAAAUCCUAGUCAGAUUUCGCGAGAAUGAGGAGCUGGCCAUUCUAGAUUCCCAUCGCCAGUCUGGUGGAGAACGUGCCGUUUCGACGAUCUUCUACCUUAUGGCCCUGCAAGACAUGGCCCGAUCGCCUUUCCGCGUCGUCGACGAGAUCAACCAAGGUAUGGACCCUCGCAACGAACGCAUGGUCCAUGAGCGCAUGGUAGACAUUGCGUGCCAGGAGCGCACGAGCCAAUAUUUCCUCAUCACACCAAAGCUUCUCAACGGUCUUAAGUUCCACCCCAAGAUGAAAGUCCACUGCAUUGCCAGUGGCGAGUACAUGCCUGAAGAUUACAACGAUCUAGACUUCCCGAGCUUGCUAGAAAUCGCGAUGAGGGUCAAGGGGCGGGCUUGA